UCCUCUUUUAAGCCCUGGUGACAGCGGGUUUUAGGCGGAGAGCGGUGGGCUCUGCGUGUGAGUUGGUGGCGUUGCGUGCUGGUGCGGGGCGCAUCCUUUAUCCUAACGGGCAACAAAGGCCCCGCGAACCCGGCUGGGGGAGAGCGCCUGCGCCAUGGGAGUGCAGGGGCUGUGGAAGCUGCUGGAGUGCUCGGGCCACCGGGUCAGCCCGGAGGCGCUGGAGGGCAAGGUGCUGGCCGUGGAUAUUAGCAUUUGGCUAAACCAAGCACUUAAAGGAGUCCGAGAUAGCCAUGGGAACGUGAUAGAAAAUGCUCAUCUUCUUACAUUAUUCCACCGGCUCUGCAAACUCUUGUUUUUUCGUAUCCGCCCUAUUUUUGUAUUUGAUGGAGAUGCUCCACUGCUAAAGAAACAGACCUUGGCAAAGAGAAGGCAGAGGAAGGAUUCUGCAUCCAUUGACUCGAGGAAAACCACUGAGAAACUUCUGAAAACCUUUCUGAAGAGACAGGCUCUGAAAACUGCUUUCAGAAGCUCAAGACAUGAAGCGCCACCCAGUCUCACUCAGGUUCAAAGACAGGAUGACAUCUAUGUUUUGCCACCUUUACCAGAGGAAGAAAAACACAGUUCAGAAGAGGAAGAUGAAAAGCAAUGGCAAGCAAGAAUGGAUCAAAAGCAAGCAUUGCAGGAAGAAUUCCUUCAUAAUCCUCAGGCCAUAGAUAUCGAGUCUGAGGACUUCAGCAGCCUGCCUCCUGAGGUAAAGCAUGAGAUCUUGACUGACAUGAAAGAGUUUACCAAGCGAAGACGAACACUGUUUGAAGCAAUGCCAGAGGAGUCUAAUGACUUUUCACAGUACCAGCUGAAAGGCUUGCUUAAGAAGAACUACUUAAACCAGCACAUAGAAAAUGUCCAAAAGGAAAUGAACCAGCAGCAUUCAGGGCAAAUCCAGAGGCAAUAUCAAGAUGAGGGAGGCUUUCUGAAGGAAGUGGAGUCCAGGAGAGUGGUCUCUGAAGACACCUCACAUUACAUCUUGAUAAAAGGUAUUCAAGGUAAGAAAGCCAUGGAUGUGGAUUCAGAAUCUCUUCCUUCUUUCAGCAACGUACACAGUGUGUCUUCCAACCUGAAGUCAUCACCCCAUGAGAAAGUGAAGCCAGAGAGAGAGCCAGAGGCCACACCUCCUUCUCCAAGAACUCUACUGGCUAUUCAGGCAGCCAUGCUGGGAAGUAGCUCAGAAGAUGAGCCAGAGAGUAGAGAGGGAAGGCAGUGUAAGGAGAGGAACUCAGGGGCCACUGCAGAUGCAGGUUCCAUCUCACCCCGGACCCGUGCAGCUAUUCAGAAAGCUCUGGAUGAUGAUAAUGAUGAGAAAGUGUCUGGCAGCAGUGAUGAUCUAGCAGAGAAAAUGCUGCUUGGAAGUGGGGUGGAGCAGGAGGAGCAUGCUGAUGAAACGGCAGUAAGAGGUGGAGGCGUGCCAUUUGACACAGCGCCUCUUACACCCAGUGUGACUGAGGUAAAGGAGUGUGUAACCAGUGCCAGCAGUGCAAACGAGCAGACAGACUCAGCUCAUUCAUUUACUACUGCGUGUCAUCAGUGUGAUACUCCAAAAGAAACAGUGUCUCUUGCUCAUGCCGUGACCGAAGCAUCUCAGAUAAGUAGUGAAUGUGAGGUGGAGGGUAGGCCAGCUGCCCUCUCAUCAGCAUUCAUAGGAACUCCAAGCAGUCAUGUCUCUGGAGUCCUCAGUGAAAAGGAACCCACCCUGGCACCUCCGACAAGAACACAUUCUGAUCAGGGGAUAGACACACAGACAUACACUGAAGAUCCUGAGCUACAAAACGGACUCUAUCCACCCGAGAGCAAGUGUAAUUCCUCUCAUCUUUCAAGUGACGAUGAAACAGAAGCUGGGCAAAAUCCUGCUUCCAAAGCUUGUAGUACAGUUCAUGUCCCUUCAGAGGCAAUGAGUAACUUAGAAGAUGUGUUGCCUUCUAAUGCCGAAGAACUUGGAGAUUUCCAGAAAACCAUCCAGCUACGGGAGGUGCCUGAGGCUGCUGCCAGGGAGCUGAUUUCAGCUCCAAAGCCCAUGGGACCAAUGGAGAUGGAGUCUGAAGAAAGCGAGUCUGAUGGAAGUUUUAUUGAGGUGCAGAGUGUGGUCAGCAAUAGUGAACUUCAAACAGAGUCAUCCGAGGCUUCUACACAUCUCUCUGAAAAAGAUGCAGAGGAACCAAGAGAAACUCUGGAGGAAGGAACCUCCAGGGACACAGAGCGCCUCCUACAGGACAGCUCUGACAUUGAGGCAAUGGAAGGACACAGAAAAGCUGACAUAGAUGCUGAGGACGUGUCCAACGAAUGGCAAGAUAUUAAUUUGGAGGAACUGGAUGCCCUGGAGAGUAACCUCUUAGCAGAACAGAAUACACUGAAAGCGCAAAAACAGCAGCAAGAUCGGAUUGCUGCCUCUGUAACAGGCCAGAUGUUUCUGGAAAGCCAGGAACUCCUGCGCCUGUUUGGCAUUCCCUACAUCCAGGCUCCCAUGGAGGCAGAGGCACAGUGUGCCAUUUUGGACCUCACUGAGCAGACUUCUGGAACCAUUACUGAUGAUAGUGAUAUCUGGCUGUUUGGGGCCCGGCAUGUCUAUAAGAAUUUUUUUAACAAAAACAAGUUUGUAGAGUACUAUCAAUAUGUGGACUUUUACAGUCAACUAGGACUGGACCGUAACAAGCUAAUCAACUUGGCCUAUCUACUGGGCAGUGACUAUACGGAAGGGAUUCCAACUGUAGGCUGUGUAACAGCCAUGGAGAUUCUCAAUGAAUUCCCUGGACGAGGCCUGGAGCCACUCCUAAAAUUCUCAGAGUGGUGGCACGAAGCUCAAAAUAACAAGAAGGUUGCAGAAAAUCCCUAUGACACCAAAGUGAAAAAAAAAUUACGGAAGUUGCAGCUGACACCUGGUUUCCCCAACCCCGCAGUUGCAGAUGCUUACCUCAGGCCUGUGGUGGAUGACUCCAGGGGAUCGUUCCUGUGGGGCAAGCCUGAUGUGGACAAGAUUAGAGAAUUUUGUCAGAGGUAUUUUGGCUGGAACAGGAUGAAGACCGAUGAAUCCCUGUAUCCAGUACUAAAGCAUCUGAAUGCCCAUCAGACCCAGCUCCGGAUUGAUUCCUUUUUUAGACUAGCUCAGCAGGAAAAACAAGAUGCCAAACUCAUAAAGAGUCAUAGGCUAAGCAGAGCAGUGACAUGUAUGCUGAGGAAAGAACGGGAAGAGAAAGCUCCUGAGCUGACAAAAGUGACUGAGACCCUGGAUGAUGCAAAAGGAAAAACCCAGAAAAGAGAGCUACCAUAUAAAAAAGAGACUUCAGUUCCAAAAAGAAGGAGGCCUUCAGGAAAUGGUGGAUUUCUAGGGGACCCCUACUGCUCAGAAUCAUCCCAGGAGUCUUCAUGUGAGGAUGGAGAAGGUUCAUCUGUGAUGAGUGCACGACAGAGAAGUGCAGCUGAGUCGUCAAAAAUCAGCUGCUCAGAUGUGCCUGACUUAGUGAGAGACCCUCCUCAUGGGAGGGAAGGCUGUGUGUCCACUAGUAGCUCCAGCGAGGAUGGUGAGGACAAAGCCAAGACUGUCCUAGUGACUGCUAGACCUGUAUUUGGGAAGAAAAAACUGAAACUAAAGAGUAUGAAGAGAAGGAAAAAGAAAACCUAAUUUAAAGAGAAAAAAAAAGGUCAUUUAGAAACAAAAAGUGCUUGCAAUGUAUUGAGAGCAUAAGAUUAAAUCGCUGGGCGUGAUGGCGCACGCCUUUAAUCCCAGCACUCGGGAGGCAGAGGCAGGCAGAUU